AUGACUUGUCGCACCGAGGUCGUAGAACGGCCGAGCACCGAAGUGCUCUCGGUUUGCACAGUUGUCCGGGUGUCCACUUCCCCGCCUGGCCGCGAGAACUCCUCCGAUUGGCCAUGGUUUGCGGACAUGGUCAGAUACAAACAGAAAGCAGAGUUGCCCAGCAAAAAGGAAGGUGCUGAUCGCAUUAGGAGUAUGGCUCCCUCCUAUGAGUUGGUAGACGGGUUGCUCUAUAAACGAUCCUAUGGGGGGCCACUGUUGCUUUGCCUACCUUCCGAAGAGGCUAAGACCGUGAUGACUGCCGCCCAUCAAGGGAUCUGCGAGGCCCACCAGGGGGCCAAAACUUUGGCCAAAAAGCUCAUUAUUCAAGGCUACUAUUGGCCAACCAUGGUAAAAGACUGCGUCGAAGAAGUGCUAAGAUGCUCCGUGUGCCAAAUGUUCGCUAGAAAGGGCACCUGA